CUAGGUGAAGUAGCUAGCUACUACUCGCGCAGCCAGAUUGAAGCAGGUGUACAACAUGGCGAUCACAGGCAACGGAUCUCUCGCUACACUUCUCUUUUUGUUCGUGAUUCCAGCAGCUCUUCACAAAGGAGCUGCUCAGUACCCAGUCCAGAGUCAGAACCUGGUGACAGACAAUGUGGAGGUGAUGGAGGGUGACGUGGCCGUCAUCAGCUGCAGGGUGAAGAACAACGACGAUUCUGUCAUCCAGCUCCUCAACCCCAACAGACAGACCAUCUACUUCAGAGACGUCCGACCCCUGAAAGAUGCUCGCUUCCAGCUGGUCAACUUCUCAGACAAUGAGCUGCGGGUGUCUCUAUCCAAUGUGAGCCUGUCGGAUGAGGGGAGAUACGUGUGCCAGCUCUACACGGACCCCCCACAGGAGGCCUAUGCAGACAUCACUGUGCUGAUCCCUCCAGGCAACCCAAUCAUCGAGUCCCGGGAGGGGCAGGUGAUUGAGGGCAACGAGACAGAGAUGACCUGCACCGCUAUGGGCAGCAAGCCCGCCGCCACAAUCAGAUGGAUGAAGGGAGACAAAGAGCUCCAAGGCAUAUCCAAGGUGGAGGAGACAUAUGACCACAUGUUUACUGUGACCAGCCAGCUGAGGUUCAUCGUCACUAAGGAGGACGACGGCGUGCCCGUGGUGUGCAUCGUGGACCACCCAGCCGUCAAAGACUUCCAAGCCCUGACGUACCUGGUGGUGCAUUAUAAACCGGAGGUGAAGAUCAUAGUGGAGUUUCCUGAUGGGCUGCCAAGGGAGGGACAGAACAUGGAGCUGUCAUGCCAGGCCAAAGGCAAACCCCAUCCCCAGCAGAUCAACUGGGUGAAGGUGGACGAUGACCUUCCCUCACACGCCCUCAUCACCGGCCCGGACCUGUACAUCGAGAACCUCAACAAGACCUACAAUGGCACCUACCGCUGCUUCGCUGCCAACUCAGUGGGCGAGUCGUAUGAUGACUACAUCCUCUACGUCUACGAUGCCCCCACCACUACCCCUAUACCCACUACAGCUACCACCACAAUUCCCACCACCACCAUCUCUCUCCCUGAAGCCACUGCAGACAAGAAAGCUGGAACUGGGACAGGCGGACGACUCCCUUCUCUUCCAUUCACAUUCAUAUAUUGUAGAGCCGUAGACUCUUAUUUCCUCUAGUGAGGUGUGUCUCACUUCGACCAGAAAAGUUCAGGUCCCUUGCCAAUCCUCAAAAUAUAUUUGUCUUAUGCAAAAGCAAUAUGCGAAAAAUUAACUGUCCCCUUGCGCUGUUGCGAGAAUGCAUUCACAAUGACCGCAGUUAGCGGUAAAGUGAUAUGUUAAAGUUCAGAUCGGUGCUCGACUAAACUUUUGUUAGCCUUUGGAGCCGGCGUUGUAAAUGCUGAGCACUGAUGUUAUCAUUGCAUGGAGUCACUCGUUUGAUCCUAUUUCCUGUUAUGGCUAUUAUACAGAAAGCAGGUACAUGGAUAUAUUUAGCUCUGAUCUCUCCCCUGCCUUUCUUGUAUCAUGUUGUACCUGAUGCAAUGAACAGGCAAUAGAUUUUAUUUUUCUGUUGCAAUUCCUGCUAUCUUAGCUCACCAGUUACUGCAGAUUCAAUGUUUCUCCGUACCACUGCUUAGGCUUACUUUUAAGCCCCCCAAACAAAACAGACUUUAUUAUUUUUUUGUCUUGGAGAAACACUGACAAGAUACCAAUGAGUCCUCUAGAUCUGGGACCACAUAUACUGACCGUCUCAGAGUAAGAGUGCUGAUCUAUGAUUAGUUUUGCCUUUGAGGUAAAAAUGAAUAAGACUACAUGGACAGGGAGGGAGACCUGAUCCGAGAUCAGCACUUCUACUCUGAGACGCUUUUUGACAACGAGCCCUAGUAUUUGCAGGCUCCAGUUGAUCUAUAAUUGAUGUUGAAACAUUCUGUUAAGUGAGUAAUGGAUGUGACCUAUCACUAUCGCCAACUGUAUUUCCUUUCUCAGUCCAAUCGCUAAUAUGUGCAUGACCAGACGAUGUCACAAAUCAUUCAUCAACUCUAUUAUGACAUCUCGGUUGCCAUACUAUUGUGGACUAACUAUAACCAUUUGAUUGUAUUAGAUUUUCAACUUAGUGCCACAUAAAGCCAUUUGCAACGGUUAGUAAAUGCACGAUUGUCUCUCUUUGUUCAUAAUGACACUCAUUGUCAGAAACAGUUGCUAAAGGCCAUUUUUGGCAUUGCAAUUUCAAAUCUCCUGAUUGUGCAUAAACAAGACAACACUUUACAACUGGUGUUUGAGCAGAGCAGCCAUGAACUAGAAAUACAAUAAAAGUCUCUGACAGACCUUUCUCCGCACGUUGGAACAAACCUAGACCUGGACAAAACAGGCAUUGUGCUCGAUUAUGCCAUCUGAUUGGAUUAAGUGAAAGACCAAAGGCCUAAUGACGAUGCUGAUUAGUUACACCUUCUACUCACACCAAACAAGUGGGUGUGUCUAAGUAGGCUGUUAUCUGCUUUGUCAGACUCAUGUAAUCUAGUAUCGCAAUAAAAUAAUAUGAGGUAUUUUAUUGUUCUAACGGUGGAGACUUUGAAGAAUCUAAAAUCGGAAAUAUAUUUUGCUUUGUUUAACACUGUUUUGGUUACUAGAUGAUUCCAUAUGUGUUAUUUCAUAGUUUUGAUGUAUUCACUAUUAUUCUACAAUGUAGAAAAUAGUAAAAAAUAAAGAAAAACCCUUGAAUGAGUAGGCGUAUCCAGACUUUUGACUGAUACUGUAUGUCACUAGUAGUAAACGUAUAUAAUGGGGAAUUGAUAAAAAGAGUAGUUCAAGGCAUAUCAAAAGGGAGGAUGAAUACAAUUGAAAGAACCUGAAUUUAUCUAAUUUUCUACUGUUUUUAUUUGUCUGCUUUAUGUAUACUGAACAAAAAUAUAAACACAACAUGUAAAGUGUUGGUCCCAUGUUUCAUGAGCUGAAAUAAAAUAUCCCUGAAAUGUUCCAUA